AUGCGCAUCCCCCUAUUCAGGAUAUGGUAUUCGACAACGUACACCACACUGCUCAUCGUGCUCCUGCUCUUGUUAUGUGUGUCGCCUGGCGAUAUUAUAUACCAGACCAUCAAGACCCAAGAGAUUCCGAAGCUCUUUGUCAUUGGCGGAGUCUAUGUACUCACGGCACUUAUUGUAAUACUCAUUUACUCAACGCGCAUAUACACAAACCGCAGCGUACUACAAGCGAUUCCGAAGCCGUAUGUGCCAGUGGAGGAGGGCGAGGUGGGGAGGAUGGUGCGCAGGAUGGUUGUGAAACAUCUUAGGCGGAGUGCAAUCGUGGCGUGGGACUCGCGGCCUAGAGACGUUAGGGAUGAGGGACACGCAGGAGAGGAUACAGACGAUGAGCUAGACGAGGGACGACCAGGCACCUCUGAGAAGGAGAAGGAGAAAGAUAGGGCACAUAAGAAGAAGAAUCGCCACGGUGUGCCCGAUGCGACCAUCCUACCCAUCUCCGCAGAGUCACCACCAUGGGGUCACAUCUCGCAUCCAGGCUGGGCUUCACCUGCGUCUCCCGAUUUGCCAAACCUCCAGUACUGGAGUGUGAUAUGCGAGCUACCCAAUCUGAUCGAAGCGAAAGCCGUCUCCCUCGCGCCGCCCGACCCUACUGUAGAAACAGGCUCGAUUCAGUUCCCCCACGAGACGCCUCUCCUACCUGAUGCGCAGAUUGUCACGCUUCUUCAGCGCCCACGUGCUAUGGGCUUGCGCUCUUAUUUGGCACGCCUGUCCGAACUUGGCCUUCUCAACCCGCCGUCGCUAGGCUCUGCCUUCCUUGCACAAUACGAACACGCGCGCUUCUCAACCGCAUGCCUUACGGAGACGCAAUUCAAAGAUACAAUGUCUACAUUUGCCGACAUCCUCAACGGAAUGACGGAGCUCGACACAGACGUAAUCGAAGACCUGCGCGCGCAGAGCCUCUACAGCGAGACCCGCAGCCUCGCUCCGACGCAAUCCUCGUCCAGCGAAUCCAUGACCAGCGGGAGCAGCCCCUCACACUCACUCCCUACACGUACAUCGCGUCUCGCACACCAGCCCUCAUCGGCCUCUCUCUCCAACAGCAUCAGCGGUAGCAGCAGCGCCGCAAGUCCCCACUCCCCGCAGACACUACGCACCGCGCCUUCACGUCAGGCGCAGAGGAGUUCAGAGGUCUACGGCACGCCGCGGUCACCAUCUGCGGUUUCCUUCUGGACUCAGUCAGACCGGGGUUCGGUGGUGGUGAGGGGAUCACGGCGCAGUCCGAGCACGAUCCUGCCGAAUUCGUCGACGAGCUCGCUAGGCUCGGGCAGGAGUGUGAUUCGACUGCAUCCCAACCCGAGUGAGGGGGAGCUGCCAUACCAGUAUGACAUUCAAGGAGGGUGA